AUGCGGACCCACCUAUACUCUACCUUCGUGGACCUGACGAAAGCCUUCGACACGGUGAAUCGUGAAGGACUGUGGAAGAUCAUGCAGAAAUUCGGCUGUCCAGAGCAAUUCACUCAGAUGGUGCCUCAGCUGCACGACGGUAUGAUGGCGCGAGUCACGGACAACGGAGCUGUCUCAGAGGCAUUCGCAGUGACCAAUGGAGUGAAGCAGGGAUGCGUGCUGGCACCAACCCUCUUCAGUCUUAUGUUCUCUGCCAUGCUGAUGGACGCCUACCGCGACGAACGCCCUGGAAUCCACAUCGCCUACAGAACGGACGGUCAUCUCCUGAAUCAACGGCGCGUGAACUUCCAUGCGCGCGUAUCCACAGCCACCGUGCACGAACUCCUCUUCGCCGACGACUGCGCCCUGAACACCACCUCCGAAGCGGAGAUGCAACGCAGCAUGAACCUGUUCUCCGCCGCCUGCGAGAACUUUGUGCCGGUUAUCAACACGCAGAAGACGGUGGUGAUGCACCAACCUCCGCCCAACUCAGCCACAGCCCUCAACGCGCCGCAAAUCAGCGUGAAUGGGACCAACUGCAAGUGGUAG